AUGGAAGCGAAAACAUUGUGUUGUUUUCUUCUGUUCCUGUUACCUGUGGGCACAUUAUCAGCAAAAACGGACACCUGCGAAUCGGGAGAAGAAAAUUGUAGACAGUAUGAAUUCUCUACGAUUGAGGAACUUGAGGAAACUAUUUUAACAAAAAAUGGCUUCCUCAAGGAAUGUAACGGUCUUUGGUAUAAGUACUUCGAAGGAAAAAAAACAUUCAAACUAGCGGUUAGCCAAUGCGAACAAUAUGAAGGCCGACUCAUCUCGACUGGAUAUCGUGAUUUUGAUAUUCGAAGGUCUUUGCUUCAAACUAUUCGUGGCAAGAAUUCGACUUCCAGAUUCUGGAUUGGACUACGCAGAGACAACAUAAAUACGAGUUUGUGGAAUUGGAGUGACGGUAUUCAAGCAACAAAUACAUCAGAUAUAUGGAUAGCUAGGGAACCAAACAACAGAUAUGGUGAAUUGUGUGGGAUGAAUAAAUCUUCUGUAUCGAAAAAUCAAACAGUUAACGACUUAUCGUGCAACGAGGAACUUGCAUAUUUCUGCGAAGUAGAAAUUAAGUAGGAUUGGUCAAAUAGAAGUACCUACGUCGGUGUCUGCAGUUCUUGGAACUGCUGAAUGAAUAACAUACGUCUCUCUGGUCUCUGUGACAAGAUAUAAGUUACUUGUACUUUUUGUCCUAUUCCGUGUUGAUUUUAUUCCCUCAAUGACUAUGGUUCGACGAGCAUGUUUUAUUGAACUUCUCCGGGUAUCUAUAGUUUAUUUCCUGGACACUGGCCAACCAGGCGAUAACGAGAUAACAAAAAUGUCACAAAGGAAAUGGCGAGAACAAUUUUCCAAUUAGAUCAUAGGGAUUUUCAUUGUUGUAUCAAUGAAUAUAAUGGCUAUAGGCCUAAUAAAGUGCAGAAGUGGGUGUUACAUUGACUCAUUACAUUUCUCAACAAACGGUUAUACCUGAAUACGCAAUAUCUGAACUCAUUUACGUUUUACAUUGACGUAAUACAUUUGUCGGAUCUUUUGUACAUA